CACGUACUGCAAGGAUCCUGGGGUGAGUGCAGUCGGUAGCCGAGGUUUCUUCCUGGACGAAGUCAAGUACAACAAGGAGUGCUGUCCUCCCAACACCUUGGCAGUUUUUAAUUGUCCAAGAACUACGGGCUUGAAGGCGAAAGGCUCAUUACCUGUGGAAGCAAUGGAAAUUGGUCACAUCCAAGACCCAAGUGCCGACCUGAAGGAGCCUGUGACGAUUUUGAUGUCAUAAACGGUAAAGUGCACGGUGAACGCUCCGGUGGCGAUUUCUACGCGCCGGGUGACAGCGCCUUCGUUUCUUGCUAUCCUGGAUUCCGAGUGGACGGUACAGACCAGCUGUACUGUGAAGAUGACGGCUACUGGGAUGAUGACGUGCCUGUCUGCGUUGAGUACAACUGCACAAGGUUUGAGCCCGGGCCACACCUCGUAGUAGACAAAUUUAAGCAUACAAACGAUACAUCUUUCCCCGAGGGAACUUCAAUCAACUUCCACUGCAAGCAAGGUUAUGUGCUGGAAGGCGUCUUCAGUACUGUGUGCAAAAAUGGUGGCUGGUUCGGCCGGAUGCCCAGAUGCGAAGAGAUUCGGUGCGGCCCACUGCGUGGCCCCCAACAUGGCUGGAUGGCGGGCAAUUACUCUACGGCAGUGGGCGCGACGGUGACUCUUGGCUGCUUCCAAGGUUAUAAACUGCUGGGUGCCGAUCAACGAACGUGCGGUCUAGACGGGCAGUGGGAUGGCGAACCUGCUCGCUGCGUGCCAAAUGUGAUGAUAGAAGCUGCAGGCAAGAAGAUGUGCCUCGACCCUGGCACGCCAGAUAAUGGUGUCAGGCUCGGUCCCAGCACCUUUUUGGUCGGAAGCAGCGUCAGAUUUGCCUGUAACUCCGAAUACCAGAUGCGCGGCGACGACACUAUCAGGUGCCUAGAAGGUGGAAAAUGGUCGUCUGGUCUUCCGGUGUGCAUUGGAAAGUUCUACUACGACAAGACGGUGCAGGUGCGCGAUACUUUCGCAGGCAAAACAAAUGAAAUCAGGGAAAGCUACAACAAGAGCCUUGUGGACCACGCUAAAGCCAUGGGCCGGACACUGCACCUGAACGCACCGGGCGUUAAGCCCUAUUGCAUUUACUUCCUCUUCGACGCUUCCAGCAGCAUCGGAGAAAAGAACUUUCGCACGGGAAUCAACCUUGCAAAGGCCAUUGCGCGAAAGGUGAACGUAACAAGCGAUGGUCAUCGCGUAGGAGCGAUUGUCUUCACUAAAGAUGCCAACCUGAUUAUCGACCCCCGUGAAGUGGAUGACCAGGACGUAGUGCUGAGAAGAUUGGAUGGAAUAAAGUACACAGCGGGCGGCACUUCAAUCAACGCGGGUCUAGGAUGUGAUGAAGACGAAUAUGGAUACAAUGCGGCAUUUAAGAGAAAGGAAAUUCGCUGCAUUUCUCAUCACAGAUGGAAAAGCAAACAUUGGUGGCAGCGCUGCAAAGGAAGCUGAGCUCUUGAAGCGUCAGUACAACGUUGAAAUAUAUUGCGUCGGAAUCACAGGUACAUUGCAGAAGGAUGCAUUGGAGAGACUCGCCUCCAAUCCUAU